UGCCAGGUGAAGGCUGAGUGAAAUAUAAAUAAAAACACAAUUCCAGUUACAGUUCGAAUUUGCCCACAACCCUAGACUGUUUUACUUGGAGAAGCCAAGGAUCGGGACUGCACUCUCCUUAUUGGACGACCCCACACCAUCAUCGAUAUGUCGUCAUGCAAGAGCUGUCCCCCCAACAGGUCCUCAGAGAUGGGCAUCUUUUUCCCCGAAUGUCUCGAGCGAAUUGGCGGUCAUUGCAACAAGAAGAAUCCCGGCAAUGUCCAGAGCCUGCACCUGCUGGCCCAUUCGGUGAUGCCCAAGUUCUACGACGGCAUCGAGCUGGACUAUCUGCACCGAUUGGCGCCCAAUAAGUACAUCACGGCAGCCUGGGUUCUUAGCCAUAUAAGGCCAUCAGGUUUUCGAUUCGGUGGUCAAUACACAUUUCGCGUUGUUGGCGACACAAUGUAUACACCAACUAUAACGGGUGACAUACAUCCCUCGUCGCUGGCUUCCAAUCUAAACAUCCUUUACUAUCCCUUCCAAGCACUGCGCAUGGAGGCCGUGAUGCAGAAGGCCAACAAGAACACACCGGUGGAAAGCCAGUACACGAUCGAAUGGACGCGACAGUGCGACACUUGGACGGCAAACUUCUACAAUGUUCGCAGCGACACAGGGCGCUGCACGUUGUCCAUGAUGCGAUCGGUGUCCGCUCACUGGGCCCUCGGCGGGGAGGUGCUCCUUGAGUGGAAUGAUCCCAGCAAACUGGACACGGGCCUGGCCAUUGCAGCUCGCUACGCGCACUACAACUAUUGUUUGGCUGCUUCCGCAUCGCGACAGGGCCUGGACAUCAGCUAUUGGCAACGCAUCCAUCCACAAAUCGAGAUGGCCAACCUCCUGGCCUGGAAUCGUAGUACUCGCAAGACUAUAGCCACCAUUUGUUAUCGGUGGAACUUCUGGAAUUCCACAGUUCACGGAAUGUUCGAUUCGGAUGCCUCUGUGGGCUUUAUGUGGACCAAAUAUCUCACAAAUCUGCCCCUGCAGAUGGGUUUCAGUGUGGUCAUGAGCCUGCCCACUGAUCGAUUUGCCUUCGGCAUGCGUUUUCUGCUCGACCCGAGCGGCUUAAGGCGCGGAGAAUAGCCUUCAUUUUAAUUAAGAUUCAUUGUAUAAUAUUUCCAAAUUAUCCAUUGCAUCCCCAGUCUUAGUCCAGAGUUGUACUAAUUACAAAUCUACUGUUUGGAAAGCAUUUAUUUCAUCGAAGAUGUAAUCAAGCCUUCUAAUGAUUUUUGGCUUGACUUUUAAAUACAGCUGAACUUGGCUCACUA